AUGUCGAACAUCAAUAUCAAUUCGUUAUUUCAAAGAUCUUCUGAUUUAGUUAUCAUCUAUUUAAUCAUAUUACUAUCAUUAUUAUUUACAAUUAAUGGUUCAACUAUGCAUGUUACAUGUGGAACGGAUAUUGAGCUUGCAUGUCCAAUAAGUUCUACAAAAAAAACUGAUGAAGUGAUUUCAUGGUUUCGUCCUAAUUCCUCACAGAUUCCUUUAACUUUUAUUGCUAUUGGCGAUAUUCUUUUUCCGGAAUAUGCAACAAUGGGUCGUUAUAAUCUAAUAUCAACAUCAUCGACAUCACGUUUAUUAAUAAAUAAUGUUUUACUUGAAGAUCAAGGAACUUAUAUAUGCAAAUCGAGUUCAAGUGGUCAACAUAGUAUUAAAUUAUUAGUUCGGACUCAUCCGUAUUUACAUCCACAAUUGCCUAUACUUCUCUAUCCGGUUAAUCAAACGUUUUCAAUUACCUGUUCAUUGUUAUGUAAUAUAGAAAUCAAUUCAAAUAGCUUACACUGGUUUAUUAAUGGAGAAUUAUUAAAUCAUAAUGCUUAUGAUUAUGAUAUUGAUACAAUAUCAUUGAAUACACAACGUCUUACUGUUUAUUUGAAUAAGAAACAUAAAGAUUUUAUUCAAGCUAAUUUUACAUGUAAAUAUGAUCAAAAGCACGCUACGAUAUUAGUCAGAAGACGCACAAAAGAAGAAUUGCAUCGAUUACCAAGAAAACUUGAUUCGUCAGCAGCACAUUUACUACAGACUGCAUUUGAUACAAGCCCGAAACAAUAUUAUUCAGUAUAUAUGACAAUAUUUUUAUUACUAUUAUUAUUGUGGUUUUAUUGA